GCAUCGCCGCAGAGCGCGCUCCUGUCUCUCCGCUUGGAGGAAGUGCUGCAGACAACCUCGUGCUCUCCUCGUGCUUUCUCUCACACGCCCUUGAGUCACCGAGUCCCACCCUAUCACUGGAAAAAUGGCGACGAGUAUACUGCGACUCCCGCUGCGACUUUCCAUGAGAAAAACGGGGAUACUGAGCCAUAACACCAGCUUGAAAACAUCAAACAUUUUCAAGACGCCUCAUAUUAGAACCAGAGUAUCAACGGCGACGGGAGCAAUCCUACCGAAGCCUGAAAAAACGCCAUUUGGUCUGACCCGUAUGACAAUAGUGGUGGUACCGUUCUUGUAUAUGGGAACUCAGAUCAGCAAGAGUUUUGCCACUCUCUUGGAGGAGCAUGACAUCUUUGUCCCUGAUGAUGAUGAUGAUGAUGAUUGAGCUAACAUCAGAAAACACAUGGCUGCUUUCCAGUACACACUGAAAACACACCAGCCAGCGCAAUGAAGUUAGGGAAAGUGGGGCACUCACUUCCAAAGACAUCCCUCUACCUCCACGCACCCCCCUCCCCUAUCUUCUGCUGUUUAUCUCAUUUUCAUGAAAAUACAUUUUAAGAAAUCAUGUGAGGCUUCCAGAACUGUUAGAUAUGCCUUCACUCUUGUUUGCAUGUUUGUGUCUGUCUACUCAAUAAAUUGAGUCGAUUUCACGUGGAAAA